CAAUAAAAUAACUAGUCAUUUGUCAAACAGAUCUAAUUUCAGUAAAAGUGAUAUGAUCAUGUGUUAAAAAAUUGAAACCUUUCUAGUGGAUUGCAAACUUUAUACACCUACCAAUAAAAGCCAAAUUCCUUGACCAAUUUAGCCAGGCAUUAGUCUUCUCUCAUCUUUUUAGGUGUCCUUAAUGUUUUCCUCUAUUCACUCAAUUCAUUCCAAUUUCAUUUCCUUUUCACCUUUUUUCUAAUCAAACAUAAUCUAAUCUAUCCGUUGUUACGCUACACAAGAAGAACCCUUUUGAUAAAGACAUCUUCAUUAACUUCCCUUCUACUUUCACUUUCAUCUCUUCUUUUACACCAAUGUGAAAACUGAACCCUCCCUUCCAAAAAAAAUCCAUCAAUUCAAUGCUAGCUGUUAUAUAUUAAGAACUAUACCAAUUCCCAAGUCUUUCUUUGUGUACCAUGUGAAUUGACUGAAAUAUAAUUAAAGCUCUGAUCUUUCUUAGCCUUCCUUUCUUCUUUCCUUCCUUUUAUGGCGCCUAAUACCCUUUAUAGUUUAUAAUCAUCUGUUUUAGAGGGAAAUAACAAAAAUUAAGAAUUGGGUUUUCUUCAUUUAGAGUUCUUCUCAAUUGGAUUCUUCUUUUCUUGCUUGUCGGAAUUCUAUUUUGUAACUUAACAAGCUUUCAUUUCUUGCUUCUUCAACUGGGUUUAAUGAAGUUCAGAAGAAAAGGAAUUUUCUUGUUGCUGAUUUUUUCAAUUUUAUUGGGUUUUGCUUCUCCUGAUUCAUCUCCACCUAAUGUUGUUUCAGAAUGGUUAUCCGUGAAACCUAGGCACUCGAAUCUUCUAAAAGAUGCUCUAACAGAUGGAACUUCAAAUGGCGAGCCUUCAGAGCUUUGGUCUCCUUUACCAGAUCAAGGAUGGAGACCAUGUGGAGAAAACAUGAGACCUGUAAAACCAACUAAUUCAUCGGGAUACCUCCAAGUAUUUCUCGAUGGAGGUUUGAACCAGCAACGCAUGGGGAUUUGUGAUGCGGUUGCCGUUGCAAAGAUUCUGAAUGCGACAUUGGUGAUUCCCCUACUUGAAGUGAAUCCGGUUUGGAAAGACUCAAGCUCAUUUGAAGAAAUUUUUGAUGUGGAUCACUUCAUUGAUGUUUUGAAGGAUGACAUUAACAUAGUUAAAGAGCUUCCAUUUGAGUAUGCAUGGAGUACCAGGGAGUUCUAUGCGACUGCUAUUCGUGAAACCAGAAUUAAAACUGCACCCGUACAUGCUUCCGAUCAUUGGUAUACUGAAAAUGUUUUGCCUAUACUUCAAAGCUAUGGGAUUGCUGCAAUAUCUCCGUUUUCUCAUCGGCUAGCUUUUGACAACAUGCCUGAAGACAUCCAACGCCUACGCUGUAAAGUAAAUUUUCAGGCUUUAACAUUUGUCCCACACAUCCGAGCCCUUGGUGAUGCUCUUGUGAAUCGGCUCCGAUAUCCAUAUUCAAGAAGUGAACCUGAGCACGGACUACUUCACCAGUUCACAUAUAAGAAACCAGAGCCAAAAAAAUUUGUUGUUCUUCACCUUCGAUUUGAUAAAGAUAUGGCUGCCCAUUCGGCCUGUGAUUUUGGCGGCGGUAAAGCCGAAAAGCUGGCUCUUGCAAGAUAUAGGCAGAUGAUGUGGCAAGGAAGAGUUCUGAACUCUCAGUUCACUGACGAGGAGUUGAGAAGUCAAGGCCGUUGUCCGAUGACACCAGAAGAAGUUGGACUACUUCUAGCUGCUUUGGGGUUUGAUAACAGUACACGUUUAUAUCUUGCAUCACAUAAGGUUUAUGGUGGGAAAGCAAGGUUAGAGACUCUAAGAAGACUAUUUCCCCUUAUGGAAGAUAAAAAGAGUCUUGCUUCGCCAGAAGAACGCGCACAAAUCAAGGGGAAGGCUUCCUUGCUUGCAGCGGUAGAUUAUUAUGUCAGCAUGCAUAGUGACAUUUUCAUUUCCGCUUCGCCAGGAAACAUGCAUAAUGCUCUUGUUGGACACCGAACAUUCGAGAGUUUGAAGACUAUAAGGCCGAACAUGGGUUUGUUGGGUCAGCUCUUUUUAGAUAAAAACAUGAGCUGGGUUGAUUUCAGACAAGCAGUAGUCGAGGGACACCAUUACAGACAUGGUCAGCUACGGAUACGAAAACCGAAACAAUCAAUUUAUACUUACCCUGCUCCUGAUUGUAUGUGUCGUGCGUGAGUUUUGUUAAUAAUUGUUUUUUUAGGAGUUUGUUUUACUACAUAUAUGAUUUAGUUCUACCUACUAUAUAUAUGAGUAUUAUUUUGUGGGUUUUUGUAAUCAUCCAAAUAAACACAAGCCCAUUCGUUUUACUUGUAAAUGUCGCACAUAUUGAGCAUGUUACAUUUAGAAGGCCAGAAUAGGUGUAUGGUUUGAGAGGCCAGGUUUGUAUUUUUGGAUGAUAUAUCUUUAACCAUUGUACAAAUAGGGAAACAGUCCAAUUUGAUUGUUAUACUUCAACAAUCAUGUUUGUUCGCUGUUAAUAAUAGCAAAUAAACAUGUUUUUAUUUUUUGUC